ACGCCCUAAAGCACACACGAUCCCCUGAUGGAGGAGGAGACAGUCAUCAUUGCGGCACUCUCCUCCCUCUCCCUCCCCCACCUCUCAGAUCUCACCCACUCCCUCCUCUCCUUCACUCUCCACCACCGCCGUCGCCUCUCUCGCCUCCUUUCCUCCCCAACCCUUUUCUUUCUCACCCUCCAACACCUCCACUCACUCUCACUCCCCAACAAGACUCUCCUCAUUGCCCGCCACCUCCUCUCCUCCCUCCACCUCAUCACCCGCCACUUCCAACCGCCACCACCCCACCCUUCCACCACCAUCAACCACCGUGACCUCGACGCCGUCUUACUCCUCCUCCUCCUCUGCGAAACCCACCAACAUGACCCAAAAGCUCUUGAGCAACCUUACACCGAAUGGCGACCUAUUUUAAGCAAGUUUUACUCGGAUACCAUGUUAACGAUCGGUUGCACUGGCGGCGGGACUUGCGACGGCGCCGUUUUACUCCCGUUCAUUGAAAUGGUAUCUAGGUGUAGGAAAUUUAUAGGCGUGAUGGGUUGUGAUGGGAACGAAGGGAGGGAGCUGGCGGCAUCACCGGCAGCCGUGGUGGCGCUUCCGGCGGUGGAGGUGAGCGGCGGCGGUGUCGAGUGCGUGAUAUGCAAGGAGGAGAUGAGAGAAGGGAGAGACGCCUGCGAGCUGCCAUGUCAGCACUUGUUUCAUUGGAUAUGCAUACUGCCAUGGUUGAAGAAGAGGAACACGUGCCCCUGCUGCAGGUUCGAGUUGCCGUCCGAUGAUGUUUACGGCGAGAUAGAACGGCUGUGGGACGUUCUGGCGAAGGCCGGCAGUGGAAAGGUGAUGAUCGAGAACCGACAUGGAAUGAUUGAUCGACACGUGGGGGAAUCAGAUGGAUUGUUGAGUCCAAAUGGAAAUGCAAAUUAUGGUGGGUGAUGUGUAGACGAUUAAUUGUUUUUGAUAGGGACACGUGUGGUUAUAUACAUUACGUAAUAAAUUUAUGAUAAUAAGAUAUCGAUCCAAUGGUGGUCACACGUAUUCCUCUCAACCGGUCUUCUUUAAAUGUUUGAUAUUGACUCGGAAGCACGAUUUAUUAUGGGUUUUUCUGAUGGAUAAUGGUAGAUGGGAAGAAAAUUUUGGGACUAAA